CGUCAGGACUUCAAAAGGACGUUUCCCACCUCAGCACCCCCCAGUAUUCACCGGAAAAGGACCAACGAAUCUUAUACCGAACACAACGAAAUACCACCCACAGUGAGACGGAACAAGCACUCCAGGAAGAGGCAGCAGUGAUAGUUUUCGACGCACGAUAGCACAAUACAUACCAAGAUCAAAGUCAGAUAUCAUAAUCUGGCUUUCCGUUUGAGUGCGCAUGAAUGAGAUAAGCGGCGAUAGUUUUGUUCGCACUCUUGCAACCCACUUUCGGGAAAGUGGGGCGGCCGUUCUCGAUGCUGCCAGGAAAGCGGUCAGCAGGCUUGACCAGACUUCUGAGCUUGACGUUCGAGCCGACCAUGGCCCGCCGUCCGGCAGGGCUGCUACUCAAUCAGUGCCAACUUCCGCAUUUGCCUCCUAUUUCUCAGCCGCCAUAGGAUUAGGCACGACGACUCCUACGGCGAAAGGGAGGACCUAUGCUACGUUUACCUCACCUUCCGGUGACUACACGGCGUUGGCCAUGGAUCCAUAUCAUUUGGAGUAUCUGGGAAGCUUGUUCCAAGAGUCGCCGCUUGUUCGAGAGUACAUUAGCGACAGCAGAGUGAAUGGACUUGUUCCAAAUAUCCUGUCGGCUCAACCCAGUGGACAAUCGAACAGCACAUCUUCGUAUCUCACAUUCCUCUGGUCGCAAUCAACACACGAAGGCCCACCGGCACCGACCACCACAGUAGACGAAGACGUACUCUAUCUUUACAAGUUCUUUGCUGCACUGCCUGCCUUACGUAUUGCCCCUGUCCGCCGCAACCGCAUCACUGGUUUUCAGCCAUCAUCCCAGCUGAGCUCGGUUGAUUUGUCCCCAUUCCAUGAACUCGUUUCUCUGGAAUUCGAUGCCGUCCAUCCCAACGUAGUUUGCGCAUGGGGUGAGGUCCGAACGCGGCUUAGGGCUCUUUCAUGCCGUUAUGUCUUGAAGAAUGCGGAGGACCUUGUGAUCGCGUUUCAGGAGUCGAUUCGAAAACCGUCGAUCUAUGAUCCAGACGCUCCGGACGCCGCUGAUGUGGAUGACGGCGUCCAAGUCUUCUUCCCAGUCCUCACGCAUCUGACUCUAGCAGGGAACUUCCUCUCUGAGAUUCCGAUCUCCCUUAUAUCGCACAUGCCUCAAUGUGCGUAUCUGAACUUGUCCUCGAAUGCUCUGUCGGUCGUGCCGCCGGCACUGUCAGCGCUUGCCGAGCUGCUUGUGGUUGAUCUAUCCGGAAACCGAAUCACCUCCAUUGCAGAGGCCGGAGAUGAGUUACGGAAUGUGACUAUACUGCUCCUGCAAUCGAACGCAUUGGAGAACCUUCUUGGAGUAGAGAGUCUCGCCCGACUUCAGUGUCUUGAUGUUUCGGACAACAAGAUAUGGGACGUGUAUGAGGUGGGGAGGCUUGCGGUUUUGAUGGAGGUCAAGGAAAUAUGGAUAGCGGACAACCCGCUUACCAAACUGCCAAGUUUCCGGACGAACAUCUUCACGUAUUUCAAAGAUCGAGCGUUUGGCCUUCUCUUGGACGGAAAUCUGCCUUCUAAUGUGGAGCAAAAAGCUGUGCAAGCGAACAUGACCGUGGCCGCAGAGGCGGCAUCAUCGCGCACCUCCCCGCAUGUCAAGUCAAGCGGAGGGAAAACGCGGUCUACGGUGUCCAAAGAUGCCAGCGCACGCGAGGGUGAUCGAAAGAGCACAACGAGCGGCAAGCGCUCUGCAAAGUCUACUGCCGAUAAAGAAGAAAGGCAGAAGAGGAGGGAACGGAAAGCCGCGAAAGCCCUCUCUCAGCAAGCAAGGGAAGAAGGUGGAACAACUGCCGCGGAGCCAGUUAGCAAAGUCACUAUCCCUGAGCAACCGGAGCAGGCUGCCGGGGACCAUACAAGCGGCUUGGAAAUACGGCCGUCUGGACCCACAACUGCGAAAGUUCCAAGAAGGACAAGAUUGGCUGAACUGGAGAACAGCGUUGAUCCGAACGGAGGGAGGGCUGGAACCGACAUAUUGGUCAGCCGAGGCCUCAAGAAGAAGACCAAGCCAAAGGUUCCCAAGAACGCGAAAGUCGCUAAAGAGGUGGCAACGGGUCCGUCAGUAGACGCGCUGGAUACCCCAAACUCAUCUCAUGCUUCCAUUGCCGAAUCCCCGUUUGGCGAGACGCCGGCGUCCUCCACCCCCACAUCUAUUGCGGCUUCUGGCGCACCGAGUCCUGCUAUUUCUCGCCGAACUUCUCAACCCAAGCCUAGCGACCUGGGCAGCAAAAGCGAUGUGCAGAACAAAGAGGCGGAAACAACAACGACAGUAGAGCCUCGUCACCCAGACAUUCCCCAUGCCCUUCCUCCCAUGCCGCCUCCCGUCGCCGAUGGCUCGUUCAGCGGUGGUAGUCUUGAUCACGUUGUCUCACUUAUCGCCGUUCCACAACUCUUCACAGCGCCACCAAUACUGCCUCCGCCUCUGCCUCAACCGCCAGCUGUUCCGCCGGGAGGACUCAUAGAAACGAUCGGUCCCUACCGGCGUAUCUUUCAGUUUGACGCCUCGGUGGACUCCCGCUCCGCAAAGAGCUCUUCGUCGAACGUUAAAUGGGUCUUCCCCUCCAACGGGAUGGACCGGAGAGCUGAACUCAAAGCCGGCCGCUCAGCUAGACCCUCGUUCCGCCGUCGGGUAUCGUCAGGUCCAGAUGUGGAGGUGGGUCGCCAGGAAGAUUUUGAAGGCGUCGAGAGCUCGCCGAUUCAGGAGCGCAAAGGGAGCCAAGACAAGGUCGGCAUUCUUGAUGAUGCUUCCCUUCCAGCGCUGCGGGUUGGUACCGCCGAACCCGCCGCCGAGUGCAAAAGGAAAGAUCAGCUGACGAGAAGUCAGGAAUUGAGACCUCCGUCCCCACCCGCACUCGUCCUCGCUCGACCAUUGCGUUCGAAUUUCACCGGCUCGGUGACCGCAUCCACCCGCAGUGGUGGACGGUCGAACCUCACUGCGCCGGCGUACACAAGGAUUUCCCAGGAGUCCUUGUCGGGUUCAGUUGUCGGGUCAGCCAUAACAUGGGCAUCGAUGCCCUCGUGGAUGCGCCCGGGCCAAGCCACCGAUACCAAUAUGAUUCCCAGCGCACCGACCUUACCGUUCACGACGCUGACAAACGAUUUGAAGCUGUACCUUAUGAUGCACAUUGUGAAGGACCAAUCCAAAGAGAAGUGCUUGCUCUGGGUUCCAGCUUCGUGCGUCGUGCAGCUCCCUCCGGACACAAUAGCGGACAGCGGCAAACCGAAAGGCUGGUUUUAUAGCGCCACAAAAGAGCAAGAACGUUGGCGAACGCCUGAUUACCUCCCGGCUCAACGGCCAUGUUACCUUCUUAUCACGAAUUUCCGACUGUAUAUCUUCGAGCCCAAGUUCAGAUUCCCUUUUGUUGGACGAUCAGGAUCCCACUCCCAAGACACUCGUUAUGAUACCGAUAUUUCGUCACUCAUUCGUUUGCUAAGGUGCAUUCGGUUGACAGCGCUAUCAAGAGUGGAUGUCGGUCUGAAUCGACAAAGCACUGUACUGCGAUAUUAUGUUCGUGGAAGCGUGGCGCCCUCUGGACAGAGUGCGAUUCAUGAAUCGCUGCAUUGGAUGGAACCAGGCGGUGUGUCGCCUUACGCGGACAAAGGCAGCAAGGGAUAUUGGGAAAGUGUGAACAUCAUCACGCGGGAUAAGGUGACGACCACCGCAUUCUUGGACAUUCUGGCGGAGAAUCACGCGAAACUGCUCCAAAACGAGGACAAGGGAUCGCAGAGUAGUCUCAAUGGUGACGUGGACGCGCAGUACCUCGACCAUUUCGUCAAUGAGCAUCCGCACUGGGUCGUGGAUGGCAUCGCGGACAAGGUCCUUCUUCGCAAAAGCCAGCGACGGUUCACAAAGCCCUCCUCGUGGGCGCCGCGGACCCCGUCACAUAGUCAGACACUACAUACGUCUUCGCCAGGGGCGUGGUAUCGACGUCUGCUGCGAGGUCCACAGCCCGCUGCCCCUGCACAAACCAAUGGGGCGAGACCGUCUGAUGCGGACAAGAAGAUGGCUGGAGAUCUUCUCAAGGAGGAAGACGAGGAUCCUGCAGUUGUGCAGCCGCCCGACAGCCCGCCAUCCACCAUUGGCCUCUAUUUGCUUGUCGGGCUGAUCAUCGGGGAAUCUGGUGACCAUACCGAUUCAUCUCGACCCAUAUCAGUUCGACCUUUGUCACUGGCAGCCACCAAGGAUUUCCUCUACCUGUUUACUGAACGCCACGAUAUUUGGCCGCCACUGCUGUUUCCCCCCGAGUGUCACACACCUCCGUGGGUCAAUGAGGUGAUUCACAAGCGCGUUGCAGCAGCACACACGAAUGGGCGCCCGCAGAAUAUGAAAGGCAUCCUGGCCGAUGCGGUGUCCAUGGUCUCUCAUGUAAUCGACAUCGCCAAACUGCGUGACAUAAUUCGUUGCGAGCGGUGGCGGACCUGGCGCUGGACGAACGCAGGCGCAGGGGAAGGCGCCAUCGUUCAGAAUGGAUACAUCGGCAGCUGGAGAAAAGGCAAGCGAAGAGACUAUGGUGCCGGCCGGUUACCAGAUUGGGGAUGGUCCGCUGAGGGCGAAUGCGUCGAAGGCAGUACGGCUGGCUGGAGCUGGUGGGUGCGUGUGGUCUUCCGCGACCCGAUACCGCCGCCAUCUUCCCAGUCCGACGGUCAGACCCCGCAAGACGGUCCAAACCCGGCAAUGGCCGCAUUACCACGGCGCCCACCUUCCGCCAUCGAUAUGGGCGAAUCGAACAACUGCUACUGGGAUCUCGUGUUCGGUUCGCUCGACAGUGCAAAUGAGUUCAUACAGUUUCUGCGGGAGACCCGUGGCUCACGUUCCGGGUUCGAUUUGGACCUUGCAGUCCCUGAAGCCAGCAUCACCUUUGACUCUGCGCACAGUGCCGAGAGCAACGACUCAAGCUCGCACCCACAUCAAGAUGACUCUGGUAUCGAAUUCAUCAUCGGCGAUGAUUGAGCGGCUCUUCGUCGGUUGAUCUCCCUCUCACCGACGUAUCUGACCUCAUCGUUCCUUUUUGCGUUCUAUUUUGCGAAUGUCUAUGUACAUAUCCUAUAUACCCAUUAUAGAGCGGAUUCUCCCGAAUCAAUAUGCUACUUUGCAUUUGGUUUUGCAGACACUUUUUCCC